AUGUCUGUGAGGAGAGUUAACCACAUUUCGCUCAGUAUUGACGGUCUGCUCAGUGUGCGGGGCGAGAAGGGAGUUAUAUUUUCUGAAGAGUUGAGCAUUGGGGCCUCUCCUAAGGUGCUUCCAGGAGAUAUCAUGGCUUUUGAGGAGGGAAACCAGGUUGAAUCUUUCAGUGGAGCUUUGCAACUAGAUGAUGUGGCUUUAUCAGAAGAGAGACUUGCGGAUUCCUUAAAGUAUAUGGAGGGUCACAUAGCUGCGCUGUCAACAAGGGAGCGGCUUCUUUCAUCUGACAGGAAGAAGAAUGUUUACAUCAAAGAUAUCGAAGCUCAGACAGUGCUCGCUUAG